UAUUCAGUUUGGUUUCAACAUGUCGCGAAAUGGGUCUGGCGCCGCGGAUGAUCAAAGCUUUGCUAUAAUAAGCAGAUGGAUGCAUAAAACUCUAAUCGAUUGGCAAAACGUUCUAAGACUAAAUGGCAAAGAUGUUUUUAUCUGUGAGGAGUACAUUGAUUUCACAACUAAUGAAGAUCACUUUGAAAAAUAUGUGUUAUUGCUGAGUAAAUAUUGUCCGAAUUUGACGCAUGUUCGUUUAUUGUAUUCUGGAGAAAGCAGCGACGCCAAAUUAGAAUUUGGAAUACUGAAAGCUCUUGUGCAGUUGCCGAAUCUGAAAUGUUUAAGUCUCUUUGAUGUACCCAAAACUGAAAUUGCUUCCCUAAGUUCAGACUUCAAACAACUGACAACCUUAAAAUUUGUUGGAAUCGCUGAAAAUGUGACGGCCAGCGAUUUUGCUAACGUAUUUGGUUCUAUGAAGAAUUUACAAAAUGUUAUUUACGAGUAUAAAUCCUUUAGGGCUAAUCAAAUUGUUGCCAGUUUGCCAAAUGCAAUCAAUUUGAAAUCCUUAACUUUGUAUUAUGCACCGGAAAGUGAAAUAAAAGAGUUGAGAAAUUGUAAUCAACUGGAAGUGCUUCACCUCUAUAUUGUUGAUGAAAAACUUGCUCCUGACGAUUUCUUAGAUAUAUUUAACGAAAAGCGUCAGCUCCACACAUUAUCUAUCUGCCUAAUCAAUGAAAAACUUUGCGUGCAGCUCUCUAAACUAGAUACGUAUUGUCCAAGACUAACUUAUCUGACUAUUAAUCAGCCGUUAAAAAAUCUUGGAGAUUUUGAAAAUUUAAAAUAUAUUAGAUAUGAUGCAAACGGCGAGUCGAGCUUCUUUGAUACGAUAAAAUGGAUUGAAAACUUAUCGAUAAAAUAUGCCGAUCGAUUGGAAGUUUUUGAUAUAAGCUCUGCUCCAAAUCAUACGCAUACGAUCGAAAUAGCCAAGUUGAAAUGUCUUAAGGCAUUUUUGUGUGCGAAUUGGUCGAGUGAUAUGUACGACAGUUUAAGCCAAUUGGAAAAUCUUCAGCUAUUCUCUAUGCAAGGUCAGUCUGAUAAUUCGAAUCAUAGUAAUGCACUGAUUAGUGCAAUACUUCAUUGGACAAAUUUAAAAUAUUUACGUUUACCCUUUGAUAAGGAAAUAUUUGAGCGACUUAUUCUAAAUUUACCUGAUGUACUAUUUAGACGAGGCUUUCAAACAGAUUCUCCAUUUAUUUUGUCGAUGGCUAACCAAAAUAUUGUAGCUGAAAUCGAAGAUCAGCUAAAGAAGCAACCUCACGGUAAUUUGCUGCAACUGGAUUGGCAUGGCCAAAUUUUUGCUGCUAAACUUAAGAAUUUAAUCGCUUCUUUAUCGCCUUCGGAAACAAGGACAGAGCAGGAACAAAUUUAUAAAUUUCCUGGCAAAGCGGCUGGGGAUCCUUUUGACCCAGAGGAUAGCUGGUUGUCGAGUAUGAAUUAUAAGUUGGCAUUAAAAUCAUGCUCCAACAGAUUUAAUCUCGAGAACGAUGAGGAGCUAAUAAAUAGAUGUCGCCAUUUUGCCAUAACCAAUGCGGAAUAUGACAUAAACAAUAUGAAAUCCGCUUUUAAUUUUAAAUAUGAUGAUAUAGAUAAGCAGAAUAUAUAUCCAGAUACAGAAUAA